CGGACGAGCAUCAUUCAAUCCGAUCAGAGUCCGUCACUGGCUGCCUCUAGCUUCACGGGACUGUGCUCUGUCACAGGAUCUCACCUUGACCAACUUGGUUCAUCCGACCAUGAUAAUACAGUACUGCGUACAGGAUAAACCAGGCCUCAGCUGAGUAAGCUGGUCUCUCCAAAGGGCAGGCGCGCGUCGAUCCAAGCGGGAAGCUCCCUUUCCCAAAAGCAGUGAAGCACCUUCAUCCUCCUCCCCGUGCGCCCCCAAACUCAAGAUGACAAAGCACUAGGUGGUGCCAGCCGAGUGGCGGCUCGGAGCCUCAAUCACUGGUGAACCUCGUCGUUGCCGUGAAUGCCAACGACAUUGCUACAGGUGCAACUGCGACGUACUGCUACUGCGACCAAGUGAACAACAUAUUCGAUACCCAGAUUCCGACUCUUCGUCGACUGAAAAAUUUGACAAGUACCUUUUUGAAAGCCAAUGGCGUCUGAAUGAGGGUUCUUUUCGUCCGUCAUUCUGUGGGCUCCGUUUUUGCUGCACGGGGAUUUGUACGUCCACAGCAUCACUUGAUAUUCACCUUGAGCGACUCUCUAUUCACCCACGGCAGCCGGACAAUAACCCACAUCAGUCGAACAUCACCUGGGAAUCUACAAAAUCACUCUUCAUCAUCAAGGUCGUCACCAGAAAAGACAUCACGAACAAUGGCGUCCCGGCGAUCAGCACGACUGAGCGCCCAAACGGACAUCAAAAUCCCGCCGCCUCCCACCAUCAUAGCGCCUCCGGCGAUCUCAUCGGCCCCAAAAAGCCGGAAGAGAAAGGCCCCGGCAGAAUCCGCACCUACGGAUCCAGCUCCGUCCUCGGACCCGGUCACACCGCCGAGAAAACGGGGUGCUUCCAAGGCCGGCCCGGUGACACCCAUUCCGCCUCCACCAAUGACACCCACCCCGAGCGCCGUCGGCCUCAUCGCCGAACGCGUCAACGGCACCGUAAAGAAGCCCAGGGCCAAGGCCGUAAGCCGGCUCGCUGACCCGAAACUUACCAACGCCCCCGUCAUCUCACCCGAGACGUCGAGGGUGAUCGCGUCUCGGUCCGCCGAGGCGGCAUCGCCUUCCAAGGCACCGACGGGUAGUGUCCUAGGAGUAGGUGGGAGUGCGAAAAGAACAACCACGGACAACAUCCUCGAGGAAGCAUGCCGCCAUCUCAUCGAGGUCGACGAGCGCAUGAAGCCCCUCAUCGAGAAAAACUAUUGCCGCGUCUUCUCGCCCGAAGGCCUCGCCGAAAAAGUAGACCCCUUUGAGAGUCUCUGCAGCGGCAUCAUCUCCCAGCAGGUCUCGGGCGCCGCGGCGCGAUCCAUCAAGAACAAGUUCGUCGCCCUCUUCACAACAGACGAAGAGCCUGAAAUCAAAAUCGAAGCAGCCGAGUCGACCGAGUCCGGGUCCUCCUCCAACAAGUUUCCCCAGCCGUCAGAGGUAGCCGCCCGCUCGAUCGAGAACCUCCGCACCGCCGGCCUCUCACAGCGGAAAGCCGAGUACAUCAAGGGCCUGGCUGAGAAGUUUGCGUCAGGGGAGCUGAGCGCCCAGAUGCUGGCGGAGGCGCCCUACGAAGAGGUGCGGGACAAGCUCAUCGCCGUCCGGGGCCUGGGCCUGUGGUCGGUUGAGAUGUUUGCGUGCUUCGGCCUCAAGAGGAUGGACGUGUUCUCGCUGGGCGAUCUGGGCGUACAGAGGGGCAUGGCGGCCUUUGUCGGGCGGGACGUGGCCAAGCUCAAGGCCAAGGGCGGCGGCAAGUGGAAGUACAUGUCGGAGAAGGACAUGACGGAGAUGGCGAGCCCGUUUGCGCCGUAUCGUAGCGUGUUCAUGUGGUAUAUGUGGAGGGUCGAGGAGACUGAUAUAAGCACACUGGAGUAGCAGUCGGAUUACGUACUACACAGUAAAUAGCCUUUUCUCUCUCGGAAACCAUGCCCACUCUUGCGAUAUUCAGAGUCUCCAUCUCGAAUAUCGCGAAAUUGCAGACAUCACCAAUGAGGCACGUGGGGUGUCCAGGAAGGAUACGAAAUCCCCGGCGAUACGAGAUAUCGACUCUGCCGCACACCCAGAAGGGCCAGAGCCAGACGAAAACGUAGCCAAAC